UACUCCUUCUCUAUUAUAUUUGUUAUCAAUCACACUGGCCUUGGACUCCUCCUAUCUUGGCACGACACUAUGCUCUACUACUACCUUCUACUACUUCUACUACCACCACUCGCAAAACUUCGUCUUGUUCUACCGAACACCUCCUACUACGGUUAAAGUUGCAGCCAAAGUCGUUGUCCAAAAAAAGAAUGGUGCAGCAGCCAAUUUACGCAAGGAAGUCAUUCGAAACAAGAUCCGGGCCAUCGGAAAAAUGGCACGCGUCUUCUCAGUCCUCAGGGAAGAGAGCGAGAGCGUGCUACAGCUGAAGGGACUAACGCCGACCGGCGCCCUGCCGCUCGGCGCGCUGUCUGGCGGAAAGACGUCCUUGAAAAACGCGCUGCAAGGGUUCUCGCCAAAUCACAAGAUCACGUCGUUCGCCGAGGCAAAGGGCCUCGACGCGAUAAACGAGAGGAUGCCACCGCGAAAGGACGCGCCCCCGACGCCGGUUAACGAGGAGAAGCCCGCAGUGGUGAACAAGUCGCCGGCCCCGGUGCCACAACAGCAGCAGCCCACCGACAAGCGGGACCACUCCACGACGCAACAGCCCCACUCGUGAGCCUCGCACUCGACUCCGUAAAAAGGUAACGAUGGCGAUACCCAAGUCCACAGCGGUUGCCAAAGCUACGAAUAAUACAUACAAAAACAUUUGCAUAUUAUGUACAUCUAUAUCUACAACCAUCGCUCGUCUCUUCCCGGACACUAUACUUUACAUGAGAAAAAAAACAGCGCAUCACAAAGCAUCAACAGCCAAGUAUACAGCAAACCAAUCAGUCGAGCUCGUCGAGUCCACGUGCGAGCGUCAACGAUGAAAGGAAAUGGCACCCGCGCCGGAUAUAUACUACACAUUAUGAAGAAAAUAAAAAAAAAAGAAGUAAAGGGACUGUUGCAGCGAAACGGCGAGGGAGCCUGUAUAAGUACACUUGAUUCGCUCGACUCGGGAGCCCAACGGAUAUUAUUUGCAUGUGCGUUCACAGACACACCAUAUAU